CUGCCUGGAAGUGUGCUGGGGUAGAUCCCAUUACUGUACUUAAAUUUAUGCUAUACGUUUCCAUUUCAUUUUUGAGAUCAUGCUAAUUACUGUGUAAUAUAUGACAUAAUAGUGAACGAUUUAAAAACGAAUAGUUAAUUAUAAUAUAAUUUAUGAUGAAAUCUGUUAGUUAUAUAUACUAUGUAUUUACGUGAACUGCGUGCAAUGCAGGUUACGUUAGGCGACUUAUGUACAUGAACGCUUUACGUGUUUGGAUCGUUUCCCUAAGAAGAGUAUGAACAUGUACAUACAAUUUAUUAAAUAUUAUAAGCAUAUUUUGUGCAAAUAUUGUUACUGAUGUUCAGAUUAUAUGCACAUGCGGAAAGAAGCAGACAUAAAAAUGUUAAAUUUUCAUCGACUUAAGGAAAUGCAUGUGUUGCUUGAAUGUUGCAUAUUCCACCAUGCGUUUGGGAAUCAAAGUCGAAUCAGCAAUGUUCGUCGUAUAGUUAGCAGUAUAACAAAUUUCACGCCAACAUCCGAUGGUGUCAUGUACGUUUUCGAUAGGGAUGCGAAGCUACUGCAAAGAGAACGAGCAGCACAAGCGCCCAAUGCAAUACUGUUUGAUUACAUCAAAGACGAAGUAGGUUACAGACUAUCGGAUAGAAUAUUUGAUAUAAAGAAAAAAUUUAAGAAAGCACUUAACUUAGGAUGUGGUCGUGGUCAUGUAUCCAAGCAUAUCGCUGCAGAAUCUGUCGAGGAACUAAUAUUGACAGAUACGUGUUCAAGUUUGCUACACGAAGCAGAAACCACAGAAGGAAUUAAAGUAACCAGAAUGAUUUUGGAUGAAGAACAGUUUUUGUGGGAGGAAGACAGUUUAGACUUAGUCAUAAGUUCCUUGAAUCUUCAUUGGGUGAACAAUCUGCCAGGCUGUCUUGAAAACAUUCAUAAAAGCUUAAAGAACGAUGGUGUAUUCUUAGCAGCUAUGUUUGGAGGAGAAACGUUGUAUGAACUGAGAAGUUCCUUACAAUUAGCAGAAUUGGAAAGGGAUGGUGGGAUUUCAGCUCAUAUUUCACCAUUCGUUGAAAUUAGAGAUAUUGGAGCUUUGUUAAAUAGAGCCAAGUUUACAAUGUUGACUAUCGAUACAGAUGAAAUGGUUGUUGGUUAUCCAAGCAUGUUCGAAUUAAUGUGGGAUUUGAAAGGAAUGGCCGAGAAUAACGCUACUAGAAAUCGAAAAUUACGUUUAAAUAAAAACACUCUAUUCGCUGCUUCUGCAAUAUAUAAAGAACUAUACGGAAAAAUUAAAGAAGAUGGUACACCGUUUAUACCUGCGACAUAUCAAAUAAUUUACCUAGUAGGCUGGAAGCCAGAUCCUUCGCAACCAAAAGCGUUAGAAAGAGGUACCGGCGAAAUAUCGAUUAAGGAUCUGUACAGAUUAGACGAGAUCAUAAAAGAGACUAAAAAGUUCGAAUAGAUGAAGAAUCUAAAUAAUAUGCGAAGUAUUGUUAUUUAUAUGUAAUGUACAAGUAUAAAUAUUUAUAAUUCGUGAAGAGAACAAUACAUUCAGUAAACAAACCAUUUCUUCAAAAUUAAUAUAAAAGUUAAUCUUGAUCAACAAUUAAAAGCAAUAAUUUCAUUUAUAUUUCAGGAUAUUCUUUUAUAAUAUUACGACUUUUGAUCGAUUUUAUCCUUAUGUACUACAGCACCUUUCUCUAUAAGAUCAGGAAUUUCAACUGCCAUCCAUGGUCCCAGCUAAAAAUAUACAUUUGAAUAUUUAUAGCAUAAAAUACUAAUAAUUUAGCAAGAGUAAUAAUUAUAUAAAUGAAAAAUUUACUCCAAGGGCCAUGACAUGGGCAAUUCCAAAUUUUGGUACAUUACGGGCCCACAAAGGCUUAAAAUGAUCUGUCAGACAAAUUUUUCCACCCCUGUACAUUUUUGCAGUUUUACCAUCUAACUCUGGUAAAGCUAUUUCAGGUGCUGUUGUGGGAUAUGUAACAGCAAUCUACAAUUACAUUAUUAUUAUUAUUAUUAUUAUAUUAUAGAUAUUGCGGUACUUAAUUAUUGUAGAUAGAAGAACGACUUACCUCAAACUCAAUCUCAAAUUCGUAUUUUAAGAGAUUGUGAAUAUACCAACAUUUUCCAAACCAUCUUGUACCCUCUUUGUUAGAUUCUAACCGAAACCAAUCAUUGUCAGAAUCUUUAUUAUUUUUUACAUACUGAAAUACACACAAAGUUUAGGAA